GGUACCGAAGAAGAAAAAGAAGUCAUCCUCAUGUGUAGUUUUUGCAGAUAAUCAUCUUUAUUAGCUAUAGCUUUACAAACAUAGCUUGAGUAUCAGAAGCUUGAGACAGGCUUUUGAUUUCCGCUGAUCACCUAUGUGGCAAUUACCGUCAGAUUCAGAGAUGAUGCCUGGUCUUAAGCAAACCACGUUUUGAGCGCAUAACUAAAUUAAGCAAACAUUGUCACCAUGGAUGAUGCAAGACACAGACACAUAAAAGUGUUGGAUUGGAAGUUGGACUCCUCUGAACCACACCGUAUCCAAGUGAAGACACAGAUAAUAAGUGUUGAAUUGGAAGUGGAACUACUCUGCUCCACACCUUAUCCAGGUCAAAUGUAUUUUCAGUGGGAGUCACGACAUGCGCUUUGUCUCAGAAUUUCACUCACAGGCACCGAGAUAUGAAGAUGACAAGGGCGAUGCAAUGGCAGUAAUGGAAAAUCACUUCUGAACUCUUGUGGGAGCAACUUUGCCUGCUUGUCAAGUUGAGUAACUUUUCCAGAGGAUGUCUGGACCUGAAGGAGAGUGUGUCUGAAGUCUGUUCAAGGCUCUUGGGAUCUCCUUACGGAUGGGUGUGGAUACCCUUACGGAUGAGCCCCUCGACCUCCAUCCCAUUCAGCAAUAGUAGCCGUAUCCUGGUUUCUGGCACCAAGAUGGAUGCUUUGGCACAAAUGCACUUUGCCACUAUCGACUAUGUCAUAUUUGCCCUUUUGUUGGUGUCGUCCAUGGGCAUAGGGCUGUACUAUGCCCUGUCAGGGGGUCGGCAGCGCACCACUCAGGAGUUCCUGCUGGCGGACCGGAGCAUGAGCUGCCUCCCUGUGUCUCUGUCACUAAUCGCUACAUUUCAAUCAGCGGUGGCAAUAGUGGGCGUGCCAGCGGAGAUCUAUACCCAUGGCACUCAGUACUGGUUCAUAGGCUGUGCUUACAUCCUGGGGCUAUUCAUUCCAGCACACAUUUUCAUUCCUGUGUUCUACAGGCUGCAUCUUACCAGCGCUUACCAGUAUCUGGAACUGCGAUUCAGCAAACCAGUGCGUAUAUGUGGAACAGUUACCUUCAUCUUUCAGACGGUCAUAUAUAUGGCUGUUUGUGUGUACACUCCAGCCCUAGCACUCAAUGCAGUUACUGGCUUUGAUUUAUGGGGAGCAGUGCUGGCCACUGGACUGGUGUGUACACUGUAUACAACUCUGGGAGGCCUGAAGGCAGUGAUCUGGACAGAUGUCUUCCAGACCAUAGUGAUGUUUGCUGGCCAACUAGCGGUCAUCGUGGUGGGGGUCCAGCAGACUGGGGGGGUGGCAGAGGUCUGGAGGAAGGUCUCAGAGGGGAACCGCAUCUCCGGCAUAGACCUGAACCCUGACCCUACGGUGGAGUACACGUUCUGGACCCUGGGGGUGGGGGGAGUCUUCCUGAUGUUGUCUCUGUAUGGGGUCAACCAGGCCCAGGUCCAGAGAUACCUCAGCGCCAAGACCGAGAGGGACGCCGUCAUGUCUUGCUACAUGGUGUUUCCCUCUCUACAGUUAGCUCUAGCUCUGAGCUGUGUCAUGGGGCUUGUCAUGUUUGCGCGCUACUGUGGGGAGGACCAUUUCCACAAUCUAGGUGUCUUAUCAAAAAAUGAGAUGGUGUUGUACUUUGUGAUGGACAUGCUGCAGGGUCUACCUGGCCUGUCUGGACUGUUUAUCUCCUGCCUGUUUAGUGCAGCUCUCAGCACCAUCUCAUCAGCCUUUAACUCUCUGGCCACAGUGACCAUGGAGGAUCUGAUCAAACCACACUGCCCCUCCAUGACAGAGGCCAGGGCCACCCUGCUCUCCAAGGGACUGGCAUGUUCAUAUGGACUGCUGUGUCUGGCCAUGGCCUAUCUCACCCACUUGAUGAGUGAUUCCGUUUUGCAGACUGCUUUCAAAAUAUUUGGAAUGGUUGGUGGUCCUCUUCUGGGUGUCUUCUCUCUCGGGCUGUUCUUUCCUUGGGCUAACUCUACCGGUGCCCUGGUAGGGUUGGGGUCAGGCCUGGCGAUGGCCUUCUGGGUGGGCAUCGGGAGCAUCGUAACCAGUACCUCUGGGGGUCUUGCUGCUGUGUCUCAGUUCAACUGUACUGCUGUACAACUCUCAGGGAACAUCACCACAGCCAUGGGGACAGCACUCAUCAGUACUGCAAUGCCCACCGCUACACACAGCCGACCAAUGGGUCUGCAGAGGUUCUACUCCUUGUCCUUCAUGUGGUACAGUGCUCUCAACUCCUUCACUGUGGUGAUCACAGGGUUGGUUGUUAGCUUUCUCACAGGACCAAUGAAAGCGGAGGAGGUGACCCCAGGCACUCUGUAUCCCCUGUUGGGCAACAUGCUGUUCUUCGUACCAGAUAAACUCAAACAGAAGCUGUGUUGCGUCACCCCACAGGGGCAUGGGGAAUGUCCACCUGCUCAACACGAGAGAAAUGGUCAGGCCGUCUACACAGAGGAGGGCUUGUUAGAAGAGGAGAGGCAAAGCUUUCUUCUAACCUCCCACACACCUGUUGUGGAACAUGAGACAGCUCUGUGACGGACAGACUCUUCCACAACCACGUUAUAUCACGGUCCUCUGGGCAGUGAAAUGGGCCACACACUGUAUCAUGUCAGAGUGUUUUUCACAGAGGUUCUGUUCUGAGGAGAUGAUGCUCUGAGAGGAGAAGUGUUGUUGGGAAGUAUUGUGCUCUGCUAUUGCUGACCCUGUAAAACACCACCUAUCGUACUACUAUGGCUGACCCUGUAAAACACCACCUAUCAUACUACUAUGGCUGACCCUGUAAAACAACACAUUUCACUGCACCUAUCAUACUACUAUAGCUGACCCUGUAAAACACCACCUAUCAUACUACUAUGGCUGACCCUGUAAAACAACACAUUUCACUGCACCUAUCAUACUACUAUAGCUGACCCUGUAAAACAACACAUUUCACUGCACCUAUCAUACUACUAUGACUGACCCUGUAAAACAACACCUAUCAUACUACUAUGACUGACCCUGUACAACAACACCUAUCAUACUACUAUGACUGACCCUGUAAAACAACACCUAUCAUACUACUAUGACUGACCCUGUACAACAACACCUAUCAUACUACUAUGACUGACCCUGUAAAACAACACCUAUCAUACUACUACGUCUGACUAUGUAAAACAACACAUAUCAUACUACUAUGACUGACCCUGUAAAACAACACCUAUCAACACAUUUCACUGCACCUAUCGUACUACUAUGGCUGACUCUGUAAAACAACACCUAUCAUACUACUAUGGCUGACUAUGUAAAACAACACAUAUCAUACUACUAUGACUGACCCUGUAAAACAACACCUAUCAACACAUUUCACUGCACCUAUCGUACUACUAUGGCUGACUCUGUAAAACAACACCUAUCAUACUACUAUGACUGACCCUGUAAAACAACACCUAUCAACACAUUUCACUGCACCUAUCGUACUACUAUGGCUGACCCUGUAAAACAACACAAUUCACUGCACCUAUCCGGUGUAUGAAUAUAAAACAUAUUUCUCUGUAAUCCAAGUGACUGUGGAUUAAAAAUGCACUGAUACUGUACAUGUCUAGCGUGCAUGACGCCUGAACAAGACCAAAGAAACCUACAGUAUUACUGAAAUCAACGAUAAACCCAAGACUAUGUUAAUGUAUACUUCCGGAGACGAUCAGAUUGGAAUGGACCAUUUGUUUUGCUGCAAGGUAUAAAACGAUGUCACGAUCGUCAUAUUGAGGAGACCAAAGCGCAGCGUGAAUACAUACUUUUAAUGAAUGACGAAAAAACACGAAGUACACUAAACAAAAUAACAAAUAAACGCUAUCGAAACUGAGUGCUAACAUGCAAGCAUCACAAACAUUUACCCACCAACCACAAUACAAAACAGGCUACCUAAAUAUGGUUCCCAAUCAGAGACAAUGACAAACACCUGCCACUGAUUGAGAACCAUAUCAGGCCAAAACACAUAGAAAUAGACAAACUAGACAUACAACAUAGAAUGCCCACUCAUAUCACACCCUGACCAAACAAAACAUAGAAACAAACAACGCAAAUCAUGGUCAGAGUGUGACAAACGAAGACAUAUCAAGGGGCAUAACUCCUGAGGAAACACAGAGAACUACUUGAGUACUGCUGGUUAUCGCUGUGCGCCCAGUCAAUGAGAAAAUAGCUUUCUGUUAUUUGUGGAACUGAGUACUUGUUCUUUCAAUAAUGUCUUCCAGUGGGCGAAUUUGUCAUGUUGGUCUAGUGUGUCUAAGUAGGUAUGGCAACAAAAUAUGUUCAAACGAUACUUGAGCCAUUCAGUGUUUCGAAAAUGAGAAAAUAAACAUUUUUAAAAGUA